AAAACGGGAAACAAGAAAAUACACUAAAGAAGAAAGAUCCCAUAAAGAAACAGUGACGACGGCAGCGGCUCGGAACAGCUGUGUCGGCGCUCACCGACUAACGGCUCGUCUCAUUUAACUCGGUUCGUUGCCGGCUCCCCGCUGUUUAUGGUUUAGUUUGGUCGGGUUUGGGGGUUGUUGCUGUGAAUUUCUGUGUGGAAAAGAACUGGAGAUGAGCUGAAAACACGACAAGCAUCUUAACGUGUUAGGACUAAAUGACAGCAGAUUAAUCAGCACCUGUGGGACGUCCCGGUAAUUAGGCAUUCGACGCGUCUGCUCAAGUAGGGAACGGAGCCUCCGUCCGUGUGGAUCAAAGAUCAUGGACGAUGAGCAAAGGCCUGAGCUGAGCUCUGAGCAACCUGGAGACAGCGACUCACGUAGAGGCUCUGCAGACUCGCUGGACUUUAAAAUCAAGAGGCCUUUCCAUGUGGAGCCCAGGAACAUCGUAGAUGAUGAGCCGCAGGAGAGAGUCUCUGCUCAGGCUGCCAUUUUCAACAGCAGACUCCAUUACUACAGCAGACUGACGGGGUCCACCGACAGGCUGCUGAGCCCCCCAAACCAUGUGAUCCCACCACCACAGGACAUCUAUAUCUACAGCCCACUGGGCACAGCUUUUAAGGUUGGCAGUAAGGAACAUUGUGCCAAGAACCCCAGCAUCAUCACCAUAUUCGCUAUAUGGAACACGAUGAUGGGCACGUCUAUACUCAGCAUACCCUGGGGUAUAAAGCAGGCUGGUUUCACUCUGGGCUCUGUCAUCAUCAUUCUCAUAGGCCUGCUGACGCUCUACUGUGCUUACAUUGUCCUCAAAUCACCAAAGGGAAUACCGUACGUGGACACGUCAGACUGGGAAUUUCCGGACGUUUGCAGGUACUACUUUGGGAAGUUUGGCCAGUGGCUCAGCCUGCUCUUCUCCAUGGUGUCGCUUAUUGGAGCCAUGGUGGUUUAUUGGGUCCUUAUGUCCAAUUUCCUCUACAACACUGGACAGUUUAUUUACAAUUACGCCCACAACGUCACUAUGCCAGACUCAGAAUUUGGAUCCAAUGGCUCCGAUAAAGUCAUCUGUCCAUAUCCACACACUGACCCGAGCACAAACUACACUCUCAGCGCGUCCUCCAUCGCUGCCAGUGGCUCUAAUACGUCUGAUGUUGGUUCCUUUGAACACUGGUGGAGCAAAAACAACACGGUCCCGCUCUACCUCAUCAUCCUGCUGCUGCCACUGCUCUGCUUUCGCUCAGCCUCCUUCUUCGCCAGGUUCACCUUUUUGGGAACGAUAUCGGUGCUCUACCUGAUUGUGAUGGUCACUAUUAAAGCCGUGCGACUCGGCUUCCACCUGGAGUUCCACUGGUUUGUCACAGUCCAGUUCUAUGUUCCAGAGUUCCGAGUGUUUUUCCCUCAGCUGACUGGCGUCCUUACUCUUGCCUUCUUUAUUCACAACUGUAUAAUCACAUUAAUGAAGAGCAACAAGAAUCAAGACAACAACGUACGGGACCUGUCAGUGGCUUAUCUCUUAGUAGGACUCACCUAUCUGUACGUGGGACUCAUGAUCUUUGCUGCCUUUCCUUCACCUCCUCUUUCCAAAGACUGCAUUGAACCAAAUUUCUUGGAUAACUUCCCCAGCAGUGACGUGAUGGUGUUUGUGGCCAGGACCUUGCUGCUGUUCCAGAUGGUCACCGUCUACCCCCUGCUGGGAUACCUGGUACGCGUCCAGCUGAUGGGCCAGUUGUUUGGCAGCCAUUACCCCAGUUUCCUCCAUGUUUUGGCAAUGAACAUCCUAAUAGUUGGAACUGGUGUGUUGAUGGCUAAAUUUUAUCCCAACAUUGGCUCCAUCAUACGGUUCUGUGGAGCUGCGUGUGGUUUGGCUUUAGUGUUCGUCUUUCCUGCGUUGGUGCACAUGAUCUCCCUGAGGCGACAGGGGACUCUCCGCUGGCCGUCGGCCCUCCUCCAUUGCUUCCUGAUCGUGCUGGGCACGGGCAACCUGCUGGCUCAGUUCCUGAUGUAACGGCAGCCAGAGGAGUCACACGUUUUCUGUUAGGUCAUCAAACUAAAUCAGUGUCAGACUUAAAGGUCUGUGGCAACAAUAGGAGGGCAGGAUUCAUCCAACCAAGCCAGUACUGUAUUCCUUGAUGCUCUUGUUUUUCUGCCUGUUGUCGUCAUGCAGACAAACUGAACAAUGUUAACACUGGUCAGUUCCAAGAAUCAGAAACUUUAUCUGAUCCUAAGAAAUUAAAUGUAGUUAAACAGGCCACAGCUGAAAUGGACGAUGUGUCAUGAUUCGCUCUCAUUAUAGGUGAAUGUAAACAUUCUGAAGUGAUUGAAUACUAAUGAAAACUUACAUUGAACAUUGUAAAUGUAAUAUACAUUAAUACAGAGUUAUACAUACAA